UGUGUUUCGACCAAUCGGAAUUUGAGGAGUUUUUUCACGUGGUGGGGACACGCUGGCCUGUCCACAGGGUAAUAGUUGCAGAGUUCUGGAGGAAGACCGCAUUUAUCGUUGAGGUUUAUUUCAGGGGAGAUUGAUUAACCAUGUCAGUUUACAAUACUGGAAAAUUGAUAAUCGAAGGCAAGACCAAACAGGUCUUCGAGCUUCUGGAGGAUCCAACGUUGUGUCUCCUGCAGAGCAAAGACAGAAUAACCGCUGGAGAUGGAGUCAAAUCUCAUGAGUUGGCUGGCAAAGCAGCAAUCAGCACAUCCACCACUGCCAAAGUAUUUGAAUUGCUGAAUCAAGCUGGAUUGAAGACUGCUUUCGUUAAAGUCGCAGGGGACACCUCAUUCAUCGCUAAAAAAUGUGAAAUGGUCCCCAUUGAGUGGGUUACCAGACGCUUGGCCACCGGAAGUUUUUUGAAAAGACAUGUCGGUGUACCUGAAGGCUUUCGUUUCAAUCCUCCUCUUCAGGAGACGUUCUUCAAGGACGAUGCAAAUCACGAUCCCCAGUGGUCGUCCCAGCAAAUUGUGUCCGCUAAUUUCAAGCUCAAUGGUGUAACUAUUGGUCAAGAUGAGUACGACAUCAUGAACCGUACGACUCUCGCUGUUUUCGAAGUGUUGGAGAGAGCCUGGGCCACCCGAGACUGUGCCUUAAUCGACAUGAAAAUCGAAUUCGGCGUUGAUGUGUCUGGGGAAAUUCUCGUAGCUGAUAUUAUUGACAGUGACUCCUGGAGGCUUUGGCCCUCCGGUGACAAGAGGCUCAUGAAGGACAAGCAGGUAUACAGGAAUCUCACAACAGUGACAGACUCUGACCUCAACACAGUGAAACGUAACUUCGAAUGGGUUGCAAAUCAGCUGGACUACUUGGUGCCACCCCCGAGUUCAAAGAUAGUAAUCUUCAUGGGAUCGCCAUCGGACGAAGAGCAUUGCAAUAAAAUCGCGCGAUUUGCCGCUGCCCUAGGCCUAAAAGCUGAAUUGCGUGUUACGAGCGCCCACAAGGCCACGGCGGAGACGCUAAAAAUUCUCUCCGAGUACGAGGGAACCGGGGAAAAGGUGGUGCUCGUAGCUGUUGCCGGUCGAUCCAAUGGUCUCGGUCCAGUACUUUCUGGCAAUACAGCACUGCCGGUCAUCAAUUGCCCACCAGUCAAACCUGAUAAUGUCACACAGGAUGUCUGGUCUUCGUUGAAUGUUCCAUCAGGUCUCGGUUGUACAACAGUCCUCUACCCAGAAAGCGCAGCCCUCGCAGCAGCGCAAAUUCAUGCACUUCACGACCACCUCGUCUGGUCUCGUCUUCGUGUCAAACAACUCACGAACUUCAUCACCUUGAAACAAGCUGACAUCAAACUUCGAAACUAAUGUUUCUCCCAUCGUUGGUAUCAUCAAGCGUAACAGAUGUUGAUUGUCGCAUUAAUUGUCUACGCCCUGUUGCUUCUACUCCUGGUGAUACUGUAUUGGGUACAAAUCUACAACAUUCGAAUUCUGCCUACGAAGCAAUUGUUCGAAUAAUUUUUUACGUGUCAUAAUGAAGCCGCAUUCCACUAAAUAAUGAUGACCAUUAAUUUUUUAUGAAUAAAAAAUUAUCAACAAACUUGUAAAAUUUGUAUGUACAGUAAAUACAAGUCAUUAUGCUUUAUUCAACUUCA